GAAAUAAUAAAUCAAGGAACCAUUAAAUCGUUUCUGUUAUUUCCAUCAUGACAAAUGUCUUUAAAAUAAUGUAUUUCCGUUUGUUUAUUUUAAUUUUAUUUAUCAAAGCUUAUCAAUGUGAUAUCGAAUUUGAUAAGGAUAAAGAAAAAGAUUACAAUGAAAUAAAAUUCAAAAUACCCAAGAUUGUUUGGAAACAGGCUUUCGAGCCCACACCAAUUCUUAGAAGUCCUAUAACUAUAGUGUUACCGAUACACGUUCAACAAGAUGAUAAUAAUGAAAUUGCUGAUGAAACAGACGAUAUUGAUACUGAAAAUGUAGCUGUGGACUCAACCCUUGUUGAAGAUUCACCAGCUGAUCAAAAUAACCCAGAACCUGUUGAAGACACUCCUGUAUCAAUAAGCUCUCUAAGCCCAGUGAGUACUGUCACACAAGCAACUGAUGUUGAACCUGAACAAGAGGUAGUUGGGCAAGUGAUUCGAUUUCCAUGCUCAUGUAUUUCUGGACAAUGCGGUUGUUGUACUGGAGCUAUACUUGAAAGAUUCAAAAUGAAGACCUGUGGUAAUAUUUCAUUUGUACCUGAAGAUUUUGUUUUCGACGUAAGGCUGAGUGUUAAUAAUAAUACAGUGGUUCGACGCCGUGUAUCAGCUAGUGAUCCUCCACCUAUUUGUUUUAAUCCAAGAAGAGCACCUUUCGUCCGUGUUUGUGCAGAAAUUUCAAAUAUUCGCAUUAGAAACAGGAAUGCGUUCGCUUGCCUUGAAAUAAAUGCUGAUAUUGGCGGGUUUACAAUUUAUUCAGCCUCAUUUCGAUGCUUUAGCCUUGGGUCUAAAGGUCUACAAACAGGUCUAAAACCUAAGCCUGUUUCAUCAGGUCCUACUCCGGUUAGCUUAUUUGGAAACAGUAACAACGAAGAUGAAGGAGGUUUUCUAGAAAACGCAGCAGGAGCUGUUUUUGGUGGUGAUGAAGGUGGUCUUUUUGGUGGUUCAGAUGGAUUAUUUGGUGGUGGGAACGAUGAAGGACCAUUAGAUGCUAUCGGAGAUGCCAUAGGUGAUUUUUUCGAUGGACGAAAAAUAGAUUAGUUUAUAGUUAGGUUUUUAAUGUGUAUCAAUAUCAUGUUAAAGUUAAUUUCAUAAUAAGUUUUAAAUUUAAAUGGAAUUUUAAUUUAAUAGUAAGAUCCUUCCUAAAAUAUACCAUCCUGUUAAAUAUAUCCUGUUGAAUUGAUUAAACUAGUUAAU